AUGCCUACAGGAGAAACUAUCAAGCAAACACCCACAAAUUAUGGAACGUCCGCACCCGACACCUCAGUCUUUACAGCUCAGCUCGGAUUGUUCGGACGGCUCGGACUUAGGCGAGCGAAGCUCGACCGGAAUUUGGCUUUUCCCGCGACUAGCGUAGGAGCGUCUUCUGCUAGACUCGGACCUCAGCUGGAGCUAUCGCGGGGUGUUCAAUCGCCGGAAGCUCAGUGGAGACAUCCUAGAAAGCGAUCUCAGGACCCUGUAUGGGCUGGGAUCUUCGAUUUUAUUGGUUGGGACCUCAACGACAAGCACGGGGACGAUGUCCUGGAAGGUUCCAGAAGGAGCUUCCCCCGGACGCGACUCGCUUUUGACAGAGAAACACACAAAAAUUAA